UAGGCGAGCAGGGGCCACCCACAGCAGACAACCUCGAUUUUCGCCGGCCGAACUUUCCCUCAUCCUCAAACCAUCAACAACACCAAACUAAGACCUUAAACAUCCCUUUGGGUCACAGAACACAAUGGGGGGCAAGAAAGAAACCAAGGCCGCUUACUUCGAGAAGCUCGAGCAACUGCUCAAGGAGUACAAGAGCAUCUUCAUCGUCACCGUCGACAAUGUCUCGUCCCAGCAGAUGCACGAGAUCCGCCAGUCGCUCCGCGGCGAGGGUGUCGUUCUCAUGGGAAAGAACACAAUGGUCCGCCGUGCUCUGAAGGGUCUCAUCAACGACUCUCCCGAGUACGAGCGUCUCCUUCCCCACGUCAAGGGCAACGUCGGUUUCGUCUUCACCAACGCCGACCUCAAGGAGACCCGUGACAAGAUCCUCGCCAACCGUGUCGCUGCUCCCGCUCGUGCCGGUGCCGUCGCCCCCGGCGAUGUCUACAUUCCCGCCGGAAACACUGGUAUGGAACCCGGAAAGACCUCUUUCUUCCAGGCUCUCGGUGUCCCCACCAAGAUUGCCCGUGGUACCAUCGAAAUUACCUCCGACUUGAAGCUCAUCGAGGCCGGUAACAAGGUCGGUGCCUCCGAGGCUACCCUGCUCAACUUGUUGAACAUCUCGCCCUUCACCUACGGUAUGGGUAUUUACCAGAUCUACGACAACGGCCAGACCUUCGAGGCUUCCGUUCUGGACAUUGAGGAGUCCCAGCUGCUCAAGGCUUUCUCUUCUGCCAUCAGCACCAUUGCCGCCAUCUCUCUGGCCUCUGGCUUCCCCACCCUGCCCUCCGUCAUGCACUCCGUUGUCAACUCCUACAAGAAGGUCAUCUCUGUCGCCAUUGAGACCGACUACGAGUGGGAGGAGAUUGCCGAGCUCAAGGACCGCAUCGCCAACCCCGACAAGUACGCCUCCGCUGGCCCUGCCGCCGGUGCUACCUCCGGUGGUGGUGACGCCCCUGCCGCCAAGGAGGAGGCCAAGGAAGAGGAGAAGGAGGAGUCUGAGGAUGACGACAUGGGCUUCGGUCUCUUCGACUAAGCUACUCACGUUUGCGAUGAUAUUUCUUGAGAGAUGUCGGCAUGACUACGGUCUGUCGAA